AUGAAGUACAGAACAUUGUCCCCUAUGCAGAAGAAUCAGAUUGUGGGGAUGAGGAAGGUUGGGAUGAAGUGUAAGGACAUUGCAGAAGUCUUCACUGCUCCCUGUUCCACCAUUUCAACUAUCUUGAGUCAUUGGAAGGUCCAUGGAAGUGUGGAGUCAUUGAAAUCACAAUGUGGCAGACCCAGGAAGUUGUCUGAGCGGGAUUUUCGAGUGUUAUGUCAUGCUGUUAGUUCAAAUAGAAGGCAUACUCUGGUAGAACUUGCAAACUUGGUGAGUGUUUCCCGAACUACUGUUCGAUUCUACCUCCGUGAGCUUGGUUUUAGAAAUUGUAUAGCACCUAAAAAGCUCUAUUUGAAUGUCAAACAUAAAGCAGAUAGGCUUGCAUUUGCACGUGCUUAUGAGAGUUGGACGUUUGAAGAUUGGUGUAAUAUUAUUUGGACGGAUGAGUCGUCAUUCGAAACUGGCAAAAAUCCACGGCAAAUUAGAGUGUGGCGGAAGGUGUAUGAAAAAUAUAAUUGGGAUUGUAUAGCACCAAGUUUUAAGUCUGGACGUAGUUCAGUGAUGGUUUGGGGUGCCUUUACUGGCUUUGAUAAGUCUCCAUUGGUCAUCAUUCCUUUAGAUAAGAGAUCAGCAAGGGAUUUUGUCACUAUUGUUUAUGAAGGAGUAUUAAGUGGCUUUUAUUUCUUACAUGAUGACCCUGAGCAAUUGAUAUUGAUGGAGGAUGGCGCUCCAGUCCACCGUAGCUCAUUGCCACUGCAAUGGAGACGUGCUCAUGAUGAACGUCCACAUUCAUCCCACCGACCAUGGAUCCGUCAUUCAUCUACGAAGAUGUUGAAUCUGUCAGCGAAGCGAUACAUCCAUCUCCCUCAUCAGACACCCCCAAUCGCGCGGGUUAAUAAAUGCCCUGCCGGGCUCGGUCAGGCCAAUGGGACCCCCCCCCCGCUGCUUUAUGGAGUAGGUGACUGUUCCGCUCGGAAUCCAAACCGUUCCACGUUGGUAGCUGUUAUGUUCACAAAGUGGAACGGUCUUCCUCGCCCACUGAUGGCGUCUCUCUCUCUCUCUCAGCUGGUGGAGUUGUCGCGUUUGGCUGUGGGAAAACUUGACGCAGUGCUCAUCGCUGAGCGGCAAGCCGCGCGACUGUUUGUUUCAUCUCCUUAA